UCCACCGCAGGACAACAAACAACCGGCUGCAGGCACUGAGCUCUUGGAAGCUGCCGGGGCGAGAGGCGCAGCGAUGGGCUCCGUGCUGAGCAGCGAAACUGGCAAGUCUGCUCCUUCCUCUGCUACCUCACGGGCCCUGGAGCGCAAGGGGGACCCGGAGCUGCCCCUCACUUCCUUCGACUGCUCCGUGUGCCUUGAGGUGUUGCACCAGCCUGUCCGGACUCGCUGUGGCCACGUAUUCUGUCGUUCCUGUAUUGCUACCAGUCUAAAGAACAAUAAAUGGACCUGUCCUUAUUGCCGGGCUUAUUUGCCUUCAGAAGGAGUUCCAGCAACUGAUGUAGCCAAGAGAAUGAAAUCAGAAUACCAGAACUGCACCGAGUGUGACACCCUGGUUUGCCUCAGUGAGAUGAGAGCACACAUAAGGAUGUGUCAGAAGUACAUCGAUAAGUUUGGACCACUGCAAGAACUUGGGGAGACAGCAACAAGGUGUGUAUGCCCAUUUUGUCAAAGGGAGUUGGAUGAAGACAGCCUUCUGGAGCACUGUAUUACUCACCACAGAUCAGAAAGGAGGCCUGUGUUCUGUCCACUCUGCCGUUUAAUACCUAACGAGAAUGCAGACAGCUUUAAUGGCAGUUUAAUAAGACAUUUGCAAGUUAGUCACACUUUGUUUUAUGAUGAUUUCAUAGAUUUUAAUAUAAUUGAAGAAGCUCUCAUCCGAAGAGUCUUGGACCGGUCACUUCUUGAAUAUGUGAAUCACUCAAGCACCACAUAAUUGUAUUAAAGGUGAAGGGAAGUACACGAUUGGGUUGCACUGCUAAGAUGCUGCUUGAACACCUGGAGGGAAACUGUCAAUGUUCAAUGGGCAAAAUGUACAACACAGAUACCUGUUGGCCUGUGUUUAUUGUUAUUUUGCUUCUAAAAUUGCUUUCACUUUGGUGAUCUGUUUUGUAUCCUAGAGUUUCUUAGAUAUAUAAUAACAAAAAUUAGUCUCUGUCAGUAUUUAAUAUAUGGAAGAGACACAGGUCAGGUGUGUAAUGGAGACCCUGUGAUUAUGUAUAAUGUCACACAUUAUAUAUUAAUAAUGACCAUCAUAGUUAGGCAAGAAAACUUUGUGUAUUUUACGUAGAGAAGAUGAGGAGUAAAAUAGUGUGGACAUUCAAGAAAAUAUAAAAUCUGUUUCUAAUCUUUAGUAGAAUAACAUGAAUGAUCUUGUAUGGGGUAGGAAAGGAAAAAUUUGGAAGUCAACAAAAACUCUUUAACCAAACUACAUUAUACUGUAAAAAGUAAAUUUUGUGUUACAAAUAUAUAUUUAAUUCUUUACUUUUUAUAACUAUGCACAUGUAAGAAGUAGUUUUUUCUGAAUAUUUGUAGCUUACUAUAUAGAAGUAUUUCUACAAUACAGAUAAUUAAGAAUCAUCAACUGUAUUUACAGUAGAAGAAAUCACAUAAAUAAUUGUGGAAAACCCUAAGGGCUUUGAUGUAUAUCUUAUUUUAAUCUUUCUAAAAGUAAUAAAACAAGUACUGAAACUUAGACACAAAAGUUGAACUUAAUCCAUAAUUAUAAGGAAACUUCUUAAAUACUAUUUUAGAACUCUGCCAGUUAGCUAUGUGUCCUGUCACAAUUAUUAGUCUAUGAAAGUAACUACUAUAUUGGUUUCAAUGGUAAUUACUUCCUUGCAUUUUUAAAAUUAUUGUAUCACCCAAGUCCCUAUUUAUAUUUUAAUUGUAUCCAUUUAAGAUUAUUUUAUUAAAUGAAUAUUUUAUAUUUCUUGUGAAUUUGCAGAUUCCCCUUCAUCCUUCGUCCGUCCUUUACCCGUGAAGAGCCUGAUCUUAGGCACAUUCUCCUAGUCUGUGGGCUGCUGACUGUACGCUCAUGGUACCAGUCAGCGUAUCCCUCUGUGUCCUCUGCACACUGGCAUUUGCAGCCAGAGGACUGAGCAGGCUCCGAUUCAGCCUUUUUGGCAAGACGAUAGGUCAUGGUGUGUUCUUUCAUCAGAAGGAUAAUACUAUGUAGUUCUCUGUUUUUGACAUAAGCUGAAAUUGAUACACAAUGCCUAAAUUCAUAACUCAUUUUGGUUUGGAGACUAUCUCACAUCAUUUAUUUUUCAUUUAUGAAUGGAAACAUUUCUAUCAAGAGAAGCUUCCCCACACCUGCUAUUUUAUUAACCAGUGGCAGAUUUUAGGUAGGAAAGGGAAAAAUGAACAUUUGGCUUCUUUCCUUUACCAAUUUUCAGAUAAUAAACUUGCUUCCUAUCACUUGUUCAGGUAUUAUGAAAUCUUGGAUUCAAACACAUUUGAUGGCUUCAUUCCAUUGUAUCACUGAAGCUCAAACUGUCUCAUUUUGACAAUGAAUGAGAGCCCCUUAAUAAGUUUGCUGUAAAUUCUUUUGACAGUAGGCUAGCAGCUUUGAACAGAUUCCUUGCUAUCUUGUAUGACAAGAUGCUGUAGGUUCAACUUGCAUAUUUUUCUGCCCAGGUUCUGGAAUGUAAUGUUUUUCUUAAAAACUUGGUUUCUUUCAAGGAAAAACUGUAUUUUAAAAAUAACAGAUUGAUGUGCAAAGAUGCACAAACAUUUCAAGAGUUUCUUUUGAUAAUUCUAGAUACAACUGAGUUCUACUGGAUUUUAAUGUAUCCUUUCUAUUACAAUGGUGCCUCUGUUCUAUAUUUAAAAUCUUGGGCUUCAAAGACACCCAGGACAUGAUAGAAUAUCCUACAACUACCUUUUCCAUUACUUAUCUUAUGCAUGCACAUCGCCGGAUAACCAGUGAUAACCAUGCCAAUGGUUAACCAUGCCAAUAUGAUAGCCAAAAUAGUAAAAAAAAAUGUUUUUUCAUUUUUUUCCUUUCUCUGUUUUUAGUUAGUUUACCUAUAUUGACAUUUUCAUAAUAUAUUGAUAUAACAUUCUAUAGGUUCUCCAUUUCAUCCUUUCAUUUAGUUUAGUUCUUUCAGCAACAACAUUUUUAACAUCUGACACAAGCUUUUAUUUAAUGUCUGUUUUUCAUGUCUGACUCUUAAUAAUAAAUAUAUGACAUGAAGCCAGUGAAUCUAUGAGGACUAGUUAUAUCAGCUCCUGGGGAAAAAACUCAACCUGUCUGGAGUUUGUUUCUUAUUGAAAUCACUUAUAGACUCCUUUGUUGCUUACACAUAAGUUGAGUUAACAUCAGAGCCAACAUUGUGGUGCUGUGGCAUAAGCCACUGCUUGCAACACCUACAUCCUUUAUCAGGGUGCUGGUUAGAGUCCAACUGCUAUUUCCUACACAGUUUCCUGGUAAUGAACCUGUGAAGGCAGCAUAUGAUGAUCUAAGUGCUUGGGUCCUGGCCACACAUGUGGGUGACCCUGAUGUAGCUCCUUCCUUCAGCCAGCCCAGCCCUGGCUGUUGCAGCCAUUGGGAGAGUGAACCAGAAGAUGGAAAGUCUCUCUCUCUAUGUGUCAUUCUGCAUUUCAAAUAAAUAAAUAAAUAUGUAGAACAAAUAUGUAUAUGUAGUAAUUAUCAUGGUGCCCACAUUUUUCUGUAGUAAGUUUUCCAUAACUUUGUAAAAGCCCUGUUACUAUUUUCCCAUCCAAUAUAAGACAAUCAGGGAAAUGUAAAACCAACUGAAAUCUGAACAGUUUCAUAUCCUCUCUUUUAUUAUUACUAGCUUUAUUUAUUUGAAAGGCAGAGUUACAGAAAUCUUCUAUGACUUAGAUCACUCCCCAGAGGGCCACAAUGGCCAGGCCUCAGCCAUGAGCCGCUUCCAGCUCUCCCACAUUGAUGGCAAGGCACAAGCACUUGGCCAUCCUCUGUCACUUUCCCAGGCUCACUAGCAGGGAGUGGAAUAGGAAGUGGAGCAAUAGGAACUCUAACUAGCACUCAAAUUGGAAAUAUAGGAAGCAGCUUAACUGGCUGUACCGCAACACCAGCCCCCACACUCUUUCCCUUUAAGAUAGGUAUUGAUUUCAAGCUUGUUUCUCAUAGUUGGUAACAAGUAGGGACAGAUUUUCAGUUUCAUAAUUUCUCUUCAUCCAAUUUGAAUAAAUCAUAAAACUUGUUGGACAACAUGAGCAAAAGAAGAGGAACGUUUUACAAAUUAUCAUUGGACUGAAAAUCUAGUCCCUGAAAAAGAAAAAAGACCAUGUCUAAGUGUUAACACUGACUGUCCAGACAAUGAAUUUUUUUUAAUUUACAGCAAUAUAAAAGGUAUCUUUUGAUCUGUAUAACUUGAAAAAAAAUUAAAACUUUAAAAACUGUGUUUUAAAUAAAGCUUUAAAAUCUACCACUAUUAACCUCAGUACAGCAAUUCUGAAUCCUGUCCCUACAUUUCUCUUUUGAUAAUUUUGCCACCUACAGGACAAAUUAGGUGCUGGCCGCCUGAAUUAUUUUAUGUUCUGAUUUAUUUUGAAUUCUAAAAUGGUGAACCACAAAUAUUGUUUCACUGUGCCUUUAGCUUUUUAUAAAAAGGAUUUUUUUUACUCAUUGUUUAAAAAAAAUGAAAGCCAAUAUCUGAAGCUGUUACUAAUAAUCCAGUUUCACCUUCUUAAUGAUGCCUCAGGAUAUACCUUUCAAGGUCUUAUAAGGGGAGGAUGAACUCACAUGCCACUCUUUGACUGCGAAUCCCUUCUCAGCACAAAACUUAUGGGGAUUUGCCUUCCAUAUGUUUAUUCCACCAUUUCUAAAAUAUGCACAGAAAAAUUUGAUCGUGAAUUAUGGUAAAGUUAGGGAUAGGGGUCAGAUCUUCUCAGAGCUCUAGCUCCAAUAAUGUUGCUUCAUCACUUUCACAGGGUGCUAUGUGUCUUUCAUUUUGAAAUGAGCUUACUCUAAUUAUGGAAUGUUUUAUCAUAAUUUAUAUCCUCAAACACUGAAGAUAUUUUCAGAAGUACUGACAUUUGUUCUAUUAUUCAACCAUAAAAAAAACUGUAUAAUGAUCAGAAUUUAAAAUGUACAAUAUUUUUUCUUCUGUGAAUAUGUAUUAUUAUGAGAAAUAAAGAAUGGCAGGACCAUUGCUUUCA